AGUGUUCACAGAUCUCUAUCACCUCCCAGACAUUCACGCAGUGUGCCCCGGGGGCUGUCCAGCCUCAUCUACCUGCUGCAGAGCGAAAGAACAUGGAAGUCACCAUGAGUGAUGCCAGACAUACCCUGAAGACCCUGGAGCAGCGCAGCAAGCUCCUGCUCCAGCAACAGAUCACUUUCAUUAAUGCUCUGGAGAGGACACGGGAAAUUGCCCAAGAUAGGAUCAGACCAGUGAGGACCCUGGGCCAGGUACGCGACUACUUAGACAACAACUGCAACAACAGCACAGAUCGCCGGAUCCUCACUCUGUUCUUGGACUUCUGUGCGGAUCUGGCCGAGUUCUGCGUCCAGCUGCAAUCCAUGCAGAAUGAGACCCGAACAACAAACGGGCUCAUAGAGCAAAUCAUUACUCUUCUCAAUCCAACCACUGACCUGACCGGUCUAAGAGCAAAGUAUCCUCAUGAUGUUGUGAAUCACCUCAGCUGUGACGAAGCACGUAACUUUUAUGGCGGCAUAGUGAGCAUCAUUCCGGUUGUUCUGGACUACAUCCACGAGGCUGUGUCGAGGCUGAGCAUAAUCCAGCCGCGUGUGGAGGACUCCGAGACCUUAGACAGGCUUAUGGCCUUUCAGAAGAAAAUGCAGCGUAAGGCAGGAAAUCAAGGUGCGACACAAAACACGGGAGCUCAGACCACGGUCAGUCAGGGAAAUCUUUCUGCCCGCUCAGUUAAAAGAAAGAAAAGGUAUUUAGAGUCCUUCAAACCAGCCUGGAGGCCGUCUGGCCGCUUCUACACCACAUAA